GGAAAAAGAUUUAAAAUUCUUUCUUUUCUAGUUUUGAUUUUGGCUGAGAUCAAUGUCUUCGUCAUUGGAACAGUAAUCUUUCUCUUUGAUUUCGCCUUUUUUUUUUUUGUGUGUCUGAAGAAGAUUUUGGUACAAGUGUCAUUCUCAAAAUUUUGUCUUAGGGUUUUUUAAUUUUAAUUUUGUUGCUUCAAAACCCCCCCAAAAAGACAUGAACAACAACACUUUCAGUACUUCUACCACCAUCAGUGUCGACGACUACAUGUUAUUCCCUUAUAAUGACCAUUAUCCCUCACAACCAGUGAUCCCUUUUAGCCCUUCUUCUUCCAUUGACGACAUCUUGAUUCACUCUACCUCCAACACAUCAAACAAUCAUCUUGACCAUCAUCAUCAAUUCCUACCACCUUCUCCUUUUCCUCAAUUCGAUUUUGUCCCAGACUGCGCCCUCUUGGACUCUUUCCUCCCACAAAACAAUGGCCAUGAUGAUAAUCAAACCGUCACCAGUGACAAUCAUCAUCCAUCACUUCUCCCUCCCUUGAUGAACAACACCAUUGGAGAUCAACCCAUUGAGCCCUCGGAAACUAUAACCCACAUAGAAGAUUCCCAGACAAUCUCAACUUCUCAAGACCCCAAAAUGAAAAAAGCCAAGAAACCAAGCAGAACAGACAGGCACAGCAAGAUCAAAACGGCCAACGGGACACGCGAUCGUAGGAUGAGACUCUCUCUAGAUGUCGCCAAAGAGUUGUUUGGCUUACAAGACAUGCUUGGAUUCGACAAAGCCAGCAAAACCGUUGAGUGGUUGCUCACACAAGCAAAACCAGAGAUCAGAAAGAUCGCGAAAAGCCAUUCUCACCGGUGCGGCUUCAGCAGCGGCGACGAGUCUCACAACCGAUCAGCGUUAGGAUCCAUGGAUACAUCGUCUAGUCUAUGUGAACUUACACCCAUGUGGACGGUCGACGAUAGAGGCAACAAUACUAACUCGACCGAAACAACAGGAAACAAGGUCAAUGGGAGAUCAAUGAAAGGGAAGAGAAAGAGGCCAGAACCACGUACGCCCAUUUUGAAGAAGUUGUCCAAGGAUGAAAGAGCGAAAGCAAGAGAAAGAGCAAAGGAUAGGACAAUGGAGAAAAGGAUGAUGAAGAUGAAAGGAAGAUCACAAUCGGUUAACAUUGUGGAAGAAGAAGUUCAUCAUCAGGGUGAGAUAGUAAAAAAUAAUUUAAGCGAAGGGAAUCAAAGUUCUUUCAAGGUGACGCAAUGCGUAGAAGAUAUCGAAGAACUUUGCAAGAACGAUCGUUUUGCAGUUUGCAACGACUUCGUGAUGAAUAAGAAAGAUCACAUUUCGAACGAAUCUUAUGAUAUAAUCAACAGAAAGAACUCAUCAUUUCCAAUGAUUAGUCACCAUCGCAGCCAAGGGGCAGCUAAUUCCAUUGAGCAGCAGCAGCAGUUUACGGAUCUUCAUCAUCGCUUCUGGGCGAAACCAAGAGACCUCAUGUACAACUAUUAAAACAUGUGUUGAUAGUGAUUUACCGUUAAAAUCGGUUGAUGUGACGAAAAAAAACUAAUGUAAUUUGUAUGCUAUUUUGUUUUUAAUUAUUAUCGAGUGUUUCUUUUUAACUAUGA